AUGACAGCAAUCAGCGCCAAAGACAUCCCGCGCCUCACAGGCCAGAGUGACUACGCACCGUGGAAAAGCAGGAUCACAGCAGCCUUCCUCAUCCUCGAUCUCUCUAGCAGCAUCAAUCCCCUCGCUCCCACACCUGCGCCAAUCUCCACCCUCACUCCCGAUCCGUUGCCAUGUCUUUCCCUCACUCAAGCUCCCGCCCACUCCAACCUCCUCUCGGACGCCGAACAACAAGCCCUCGCGCUCCUCACUACGAGGAGGAGAGAAUGGAAAAUUGCACGACAAGCUGAAGAAGCAACCUUGGCAGAGGAAAGAGCUCUUAAGGAGGCGGAAGAGAAGAGAAAAGAUGAGACGGCCCUGGGAUGGAUGUUCCUGACGAUGGAGGGCAUGCUGGCUCAGGAUGUAUUGUUGUGGUGUUCGACGAAGAGGGAUAGCCGUGGUGCACUUAGGAAGGCGGAGUUGAGGGAGUUGGACGCGAGAAUUGUGUGGGAGAAGUUGAGGGAGAAAUAUGGUGGAUAG